AUUAGGACUUACCGUUGGAUGCAAGAUAUGAUCUUCACAGUGGAAGAGAUAAAUAAAGAUCCAGAAUUAUUGCCGAAUAUAACUUUGGGCUAUGCCAUCUAUGAUACCUGUUAUAAUAUUCCCAAGACUGUAGAGAAUGCAUUCGCACUGGUGUCUGGCAAGGAAACAUUCACACCGAAUUACCAGUGCAAGUUAAACUCCACUUUGGCCGCAGUAGUUGGUGGCUCGAUUUCAACUAUUUCAAUAGCGAUGGCAUCAGUACUUGGGCUCUAUCGUUACCCUCAGAUUAGCUACUUUUCCUCUGCCCCAAUUCUCAGCAAUAAACAACAAUUCCCCUCUUUUUUCCGCACUAUGCCAAGUGAUAUAUUUCAAUCCAGGGCCUUUGUGAUUAUUGUCAAACAGUUUGGCUGGAAGUGGGUGGGCGUGUUAGCAGACGACAUUGACUAUGGCUUGCAAGCAGUUCAGAUCUUUAUAAAAGAGGCAAAAAACCUUGGUGUGUGCAUUGCCUUUUCUGAGAAGAUUCCAAUCACAUAUUCGAGAGAAAAAUAUCUUCAGAUUGUGGACACAAUAAAAGCAUCAUCGGCAAAAGUUAUAGUUGCUUUCUCUUGUGAUAGAAACAUAGCUCCAUUACUUGACGAGAUUGUUCAACAAAAUGUAACGGACAGAACGUGGCUAGCAAGUGUAGGCUGGAGUACAUCAGGUCCACUGUUUAUUAUUAGAAAGAAGUACAUCAAACAUUGGACUGGAACUAUAGGAAUUACACUCCCAUUGUGCAACAUUGAAGGACUUCAAGAGUUUCUCUUUCAGCUUCAUCCGUUGAGAAGAACUCAUGAUAUCCAUCUUCCUGAGCUGUGGGAAGAAAUGUUUGACUGCUCGUGGACAAGUUUUCUUGAGCAAGAAAAGAAACGUGAAUUAAAUCAAGUCAAAUCCAAUACUUUUAACACAACUUCUAGGAAACCCUGCACCGGGCUGGAAAAUAUGAGGGAGGCCAACCACAUCUUCACAGAUGUCACCAACCUGCGAACCUCGUGCAAUGUGCACAACGCAGUAUAUUCAGUGGCUUAUGCCCUACAUGACCUGCAGUCGUGUGUCGAUGGAAAGGGGCCUUUUGAGAAUGGGACCUGUGCAAAUAUACAUAACUUUGAACCGUGGCAGAUGCUGCAUUACAUGAAGAAGGUACGUUUCAUGGACAAGUCAAAAAACGAGCAGAGGUUUGAUGAAGAUGGGGAUGUUGCUGCCAUAUAUGAUGUCAUCAACUGGCAAGAAACUGCUGACGGUGUCAUCAACUUUGUGAAAAUAGGACAUUACGAUUCUCGAAAAGCUCCAGGGCAUCAGCUUACCAUUGGAGACCAGGAGAUCAUCUGGAACAAUGGCGACUUAGAGGUACCUCAGUCGGUGUGCAGUGAAGCCUGCCUCCCAGGAACAAGACGAAUAGUUCAACAAGGACAGCCUCGAUGCUGCUUUGAUUGUGUUCCUUGCGCAGAAGGAAAUAUCUCAAAUGGCACAGAAUGUACGCAGUGUCCUGAAGAUUCCUGGUCCAACCAAAAGAAGGAUGAGUGUCUGCCAAAGAAGAUUGAAUUCCUAUCCUUUGAAGAGCCCCUGGGGAUAAUCUUGACAGUUUUCUCACUGUUGGGUGCUGUGAUUACUGUUGUGAUAAUAGUCAUAUUUAUAAAGUUCCUGAAUACACCCAUUGUACGAGCUAAUAACCACGAACUCAGUUUCCUUCUGCUCUUCUCUCUCUUCUUCUGCUUCCUGUGUUGUCUUACAUUUAUCGGUGAGCCAUCGGUGGAAUUCUGUGUGCUCCAGCAAACAGGAUUUGGCAUCAGCUUUGCUCUCUGCAUCUCAUGUAUUCUUGUUAAAACUAGUGUGGUUGUGCUGGCCUUUAAAAUGACAGCGCCCAACCAAAAUAUGUCAAAGUACUUUCGGCCCAUCCAUCACCGAAUAGUUGUUACAGCCAUAACGUUGGUUCAGAUAGGGAUCUCUCUAGGAUUUCUGAUAUCGUCACCACUGGUCGUGCAGCGGAACAGUCAAGCGGUCAUAGGAAAAAUUAUUCUGGAAUGCAAUAAGGAACCUGAACUUGCUUUGAUUGGUAUUUUAGGAUAUAUUGGGACCUUAGCUCUUCUGUGCUUUAUUUUGGCUUUUCUGGCCCGAAAAUUGCCCAAUAAUUUUAAUGAGGCUAAAUUUAUCAGUUUUAGUUUGCUUGUCUUUUUUGUGGUGUGGUUGUCCUUCAUCCCAGCUCAUGCCAGCAGUAAAGGAAAAUAUCUGGUGGCAGUAGAGAUAUUUGCUAUUCUGUCCUCAACCUUUGGUCUUCUUGCCUUCAUUUUCUUCCCCAAAUGUUACGUUGUUUUGAUGAGACCUGACUUGAAUACAAAACAAGGUAUGAUGGGUCGGGCUCCACCACAAAUAUCUAUCCAGAAGAUUAAGUAA